CAUGGCGCACAGCUGUCGGUGGCGCUUCCCCGCCCGACCCGGGACCACCGGGGGCGGCGGCGGCGGGGGGCGCCGGGGCCUAGGGGGCGCCCCGCGGCAACGCGUCCCGGCCUUGCUGCUUCCCCCCGGGCCCCCGGCUGGCGGUGGCGGCCCCGGGCGCCCCCCUCCCCCCCCGGCGGCGGCGGCGGCUGCGGCGGCGGCGGGAAGCAGCGGGGCUGGGGUUCCAGGGGGAGCGGCCGCCGCCUCAGCAGCCUCUUCGUCGUCCGCCUCGUCUUCGUCUUCGUCAUCGUCCUCAGCCUCCUCAGGGCCGGCCCUGCUCCGGGUGGGCCCGGGCUUCGACGCGGCGCUGCAGGUCUCGGCCGCCAUCGGCACCAACCUGCGCCGGUUCCGGGCCGUGUUUGGGGAGAGCGGCGGGGGAGGCGGCAGCGGAGAGGAUGAGCAGUUCUUAGGUUUUGGCUCAGAUGAAGAAGUCAGAGUGCGAAGUCCCACACGGUCUCCUUCAGUUAAAACUAGUCCUCGAAAACCUCGUGGGAGACCUAGAAGUGGCUCUGACCGAAAUUCAGCUCUCCUCUCAGACCCAUCUGUGUUUUCCCCUCUUAAUAAAUCAGAGACCAAAUCUGGAGAUAAGAUCAAGAAGAAAGAUUCUAAAAGUAUAGAAAAGAAGAGAGGAAGACCUCCCACCUUCCCUGGAGUAAAAAUCAAAAUCACACAUGGAAAGGACAUUUCAGAGUUACCAAAGGGAAACAAAGAAGAUAGCCUGAAAAAAAUUAAACGGACACCUUCUGCUAUGUUUCAGCAAGCCACGAAAAUUAAAAAAUUAAGAGCAGGUAAACUGUCUCCUCUCAAGUCUAAGUUUAAGACAGGGAAACUUCAAAUAGGAAGGAAGGGGGUACAGAUUGUACGACGGCGAGGAAGGCCUCCAUCAACAGAACGGAUAAAGACCCCAUCAGGUCUCCUCAUUAAUUCUGAACUGGAAAAGCCCCAGAAGGUCCGAAAAGACAAGGAAGGAACACCUCCACUCCCGAAAGAAGAUAAGACAGUUGUCAGACAAAGCCCUCGAAGGAUUAAGCCAGUCAGGAUUAUUCCUUCUUCUAAAAGGACAGAUGCAACAAUUGCUAAGCAACUCUUGCAGAGGGCAAAAAAAGGGGCUCAAAAGAAAAUUGAAAAAGAAGCAGCUCAGUUGCAAGGAAGAAAGGUGAAGACACAGGUCAAAAACAUCCGACAGUUCAUCAUGCCUGUUGUCAGUGCUAUCUCUUCACGGAUCAUUAAGACGCCUCGGCGGUUUAUAGAGGAUGAAGAUUAUGACCCUCCAAUUAAAAUUGCCCGGCUAGAAUCUACACCAAACAGUAGAUUCAGUGCCACAUCCUGUGGAUCUUCUGAAAAAUCAAGUGCAGCUUCUCAGCACUCCUCUCAAAUGUCUUCAGACUCUUCCCGAUCUAGUAGCCCCAGUAUUGAUACCACCACAGAUUCUCAGGCCUCUGAGGAGAUUCAGGCACUUCCUGAAGAGCGGAGUGACACCCCUGAAGUUCAUACUCCACUGCCUAUUUCCCAGUCCCCAGAAAAUGACAGUAAUGAUAGGAGAAGCAGAAGAUACUCAGUGUCGGAGAGAAGUUUUGGAUCCAGAACAACUAAAAAAUUAUCAACCCUCCAAAGUGCCCCUCAGCAGCAGACCUCCUCCUCUCCACCUCCACCUCUGCUUACUCCCCCGCCUCCAUUGCAGCCAGCCUCCAGUAUCUCUGACCACACACCUUGGCUUAUGCCUCCAACAAUUCCCUUAGCAUCACCGUUUUUGCCUGCCUCUGCUGCUCCCAUGCAAGGGAAGCGAAAAUCUAUUUUGCGAGAGCCAACGUUUAGGUGGACUUCUUUAAAGCAUUCUAGGUCAGAGCCACAAUACUUUUCCUCAGCAAAGUAUGCCAAAGAAGGUCUGAUUCGCAAACCAAUAUUUGAUAAUUUCCGACCCCCUCCACUAACUCCUGAGGAUGUUGGCUUUGCGUCUGGUUUUUCUGCGUCUGGUACUGCUGCUUCAGCCCGGUUGUUUUCACCACUCCAUUCUGGAACAAGGUUUGAUAUGCACAAAAGGAGCCCUCUUCUGAGAGCUCCAAGAUUUACUCCAAGUGAGGCACACUCUAGAAUAUUUGAGUCUGUAACCUUGCCUAGUAAUCGAACUUCUGCUGGAACGUCAUCUUCUGGAGUAUCUAAUAGAAAAAGGAAAAGAAAAGUGUUCAGUCCCAUCCGAUCUGAACCAAGAUCUCCUUCUCACUCCAUGAGGACAAGAAGUGGAAGGCUUAGUACUUCUGAGCUGUCACCUCUCACUCCCCCGUCUUCUGUCUCUUCCUCAUUAAGCAUUUCUGUUAGUCCUCUUGCCACUAGUGCCUUAAACCCAACUUUUACUUUUCCUUCUCAUUCCCUAACUCAGUCUGGGGAAUCUACAGAGAAAAAUCAGAGACCAAGGAAGCAAACUAGUGCUCCAACAGAGCCAUUUUCAUCAAGUAGUCCUACUCCUCUCUUCCCUUGGUUCACCCCAGGCUCUCAGACUGAGAGGGGGAGAAAUAAAGACAAGGCCCCCGAGGAGCUGUCCAAAGAUCGAGAUGCUGACAAGAGCAUGGAGAAGGAGAAGAGUAGAGAGAGAGACCGGGAGCGAGAAAAGGAGAAUAAGCGGGAGUCAAGGAAAGAGAAAAGGAAAAAGGGAUCAGAAAUUCAGAGUAGUUCUGCUUUGUAUCCUAUGGGUCGGGUUUCCAAAGAGAAGGUUGUUGGUGAAGAUGUUGCCACUUCAUCUUCUGCCAAAAAAGCAACAGGGCGGAAGAAGUCUUCAUCACUUGAUUCUGGGACUGAUAUUCCUUCUGUGACUCUUGGGGAUACAACAGCUGUCAAAACCAAAAUACUUAUAAAGAAAGGGAGAGGAAAUCUGGAAAAAAACAACUUGGACCUCGGCCCAACUGCCCCAUCCCUGGAGAAGGAGAAAACCCUCUGCCUUUCCACUCCUUCAUCUAGCACUGUUAAACAUUCCACUUCCUCCAUAGGCUCCAUGUUGGCUCAGGCAGACAAGCUUCCAAUGACUGACAAGAGGGUUGCCAGCCUCCUAAAAAAGGCCAAAGCCCAGCUGUGCAAGAUUGAGAAGAGUAAAAGUCUUAAACAAACUGACCAGCCCAAAGCACAGGGUCAAGAAAGUGAUUCAUCAGAGACCUCUGUGCGAGGACCCCGGAUUAAACAUGUCUGCAGAAGAGCUGCUGUUGCCCUUGGCCGAAAACGAGCUGUGUUUCCUGAUGACAUGCCCACCUUGAGUGCCUUACCAUGGGAAGAGCGAGAAAAGAUUUUGUCUUCCAUGGGGAAUGAUGACAAGUCAUCAAUUGCUGGCUCAGAAGAUGCUGAACCUCUCGCACCACCCAUUAAACCAAUCAAGCCUGUCACCAGAAACAAGGCACCUCAGGAACCUCCGGUAAAGAAAGGACGGCGAUCAAGGCGGUGUGGGCAGUGUCCUGGCUGCCAGGUGCCUGAAGACUGUGGUGUUUGCACUAAUUGCUUAGACAAGCCCAAGUUUGGUGGACGCAACAUAAAGAAGCAGUGCUGCAAGAUGAGAAAAUGUCAGAAUCUACAAUGGAUGCCUUCCAAAGCCUACCUUCAGAAGCAAGCUAAAGCUGUGAAAAAGAAAGAGAAGAAGUCUACUAAGACCAGUGAAAAGAAAGAUAGCAAGGAGAGCACUGCUGUGAAGAACUUAAUGGACUCUAGUCAGAAACCUACCCCUUCAGCACGAGAGGAUCCUGCCCCAAAGAAGAGCAGUAGUGAGCCUCCACCACGGAAACCCAUGGAGGAAAAGAGUGAAGAAGUCAAUGCCUCUGCCCCAGGGCCCGAACCUAAACAAGUCACCACUCCAGCUUCCAGGAAGUCCAGCAAGCAGGUCUCCCAGCCAGCACCAGCCAUCCCCCCUCAGCCACCUAGCACAGGGCCCCCAAGAAAAGAAGUUCCCAAGACUACUCCUAGUGAGCCCAAGAAAAAGCAGCCGCCGCCACCAGAACCAGGUCCAGAGCAAAGCAAGCAGAAAAAAGUGGCUCCCCGCCCAAGCAUCCCUGUAAAACAAAAACCAAAAGAAAAGGAGAAACCACCUCCAGUCAACAAGCAGGAGAAUGUAGGCACUUUGAACAUCCUCAGCACUCUCUCCAAUGGCAAUAGUUCAAAGCAGAAAGUCCCAGCAGAUGGAGUCCACAGGAUCAGAGUGGACUUUAAGGAGGAUUGUGAAGCAGAAAAUGUGUGGGAGAUGGGAGGCUUAGGAAUCCUGACUUCUGUUCCUAUAACUCCCAGAGUAGUUUGCUUUCUCUGCGCCAGCAGUGGGCACGUGGAGUUUGUGUAUUGCCAAGUGUGUUGUGAACCCUUCCACAAGUUUUGUUUAGAGGAGAACGAGCGCCCUCUGGAGGACCAGCUGGAAAACUGGUGUUGUCGUCGCUGCAAAUUCUGUCAUGUUUGUGGAAGGCAGCAUCAGGCUACGAAGCAGCUGCUGGAGUGUAAUAAGUGCCGAAACAGCUAUCACCCUGAGUGCCUGGGACCAAACUACCCCACCAAACCCACAAAGAAAAAGAAAGUUUGGAUCUGUACCAAGUGUGUUCGCUGCAAGAGCUGUGGAUCCACAACUCCAGGCAAAGGGUGGGAUGCACAGUGGUCUCACGAUUUUUCACUUUGCCAUGAUUGUGCCAAACUCUUUGCUAAAGGAAACUUCUGCCCUCUCUGUGACAAGUGUUAUGAUGAUGAUGACUAUGAGAGUAAGAUGAUGCAGUGUGGGAAGUGUGAUCGCUGGGUCCAUUCCAAAUGUGAGAAUCUUUCAGAUGAGAUGUAUGAGAUUCUAUCUAAUCUGCCAGAAAGCGUGGCUUACACUUGUGUGAACUGUACUGAGCGGCACCCUGCAGAGUGGCGACUGGCCCUUGAAAAAGAGCUACAGAUUUCUCUGAAGCAGGUUUUGACAGCUUUGUUAAAUUCUCGAACUACCAGUCAUUUGCUCCGCUACCGGCAGGCUGCCAAGCCUCCAGACUUAAAUCCUGAGACAGAGGAGAGCAUACCUUCUCGAAGCUCCCCAGAAGGCCCAGAUCCACCAGUUCUUACUGAAGUCAGCAAGCAGGAUGAUCAACAGCCUUUAGAUUUGGAAGGAGUCAAGAAGAAAAUGGAUCAGGGGAACUACACAUCUGUGUUGGAAUUCAGUGAUGAUAUUGUGAAGAUCAUUCAAGCAGCCAUUAAUUCAGAUGGAGGGCAGCCAGAGAUUAAAAAAGCUAACAGCAUGGUCAAGUCCUUCUUUAUUCGGCAAAUGGAACGAGUUUUUCCAUGGUUCAGUGUCAAAAAGUCCAGAUUUUGGGAGCCAAAUAAAGUAUCGAGCAACAGUGGGAUGUUACCAAACGCAGUGCUUCCACCUUCACUUGACCAUAACUAUGCUCAGUGGCAGGAGCGAGAGGAGAACAGCCACACUGAACAGCCCCCUUUAAUGAAGAAAAUCAUUCCAGCUCCCAAAGCCAAAGGGCCUGGAGAGCCAGACUCACCGACUCCUCUCCAUCCUCCUACACCGCCACUUUUAAGUUCCGAUAGGAGUCGAGAAGAUAGCCCAGAGCUGAACCCACCCCCAGGCAUAGAGGAUAAUAGACAGUGUGCAUUAUGUUUGAUGUAUGGUGAUGAUAGUGCUAACGAUGCUGGCCGAUUGCUAUACAUUGGCCAAAAUGAAUGGACACAUGUAAAUUGUGCUUUGUGGUCAGCGGAAGUAUUUGAAGAUGACGAUGGAUCACUAAAGAACGUGCACAUGGCUGUGAUCAGGGGCAAACAGCUGAGAUGCGAAUUCUGCCAAAAGCCAGGAGCCACUGUGGCUGAGUUCAAACCCCAUUUAUUCAAGGUGGUUCCUGAGAAUGGAUUUGAAGUUUUUCGAAGAGUGUUUGUGGACUUUGAAGGAAUCAGUUUAAGAAGGAAGUUCCUCAGUGGCUUGGAACCAGAAAAUAUCCACAUGAUGAUUGGCUCAAUGACAAUCGACUGCUUAGGCAUUCUGAAUGAUCUCUCUGACUGUGAAGAUAAGCUCUUUCCUAUUGGAUAUCAAUGUUCUCGGGUAUACUGGAGCACCACAGAUGCCCGCAAGCGCUGUGUAUACACAUGCAAGAUAGUGGAGUGCCGUCCUCCAGUUGUAGAGCCAGAUAUCAACAGCACUGUUGAACAUGCUGAAAAUAGGACUAUCGCCCAUAGUCCAUCAUCACUUAUAGAAAGUUCAUCUAAAGACAGUCAAAAUACAGCAGCAAUUCUAAGUCCUCCAUCACCAGACCGACCUCCUCAUUCGCAAACCUCUAGCUCCUGUUAUUAUCAUGUCAUCUCAAAGGUCCCUAGGAUUCGAACACCCAGUUACUCUCCUACACAGAGAUCCCCUGGCUGUCGGCCAUUGCCUUCUGCAGGGAGUCCUACCCCUACCACUCAUGAAAUAGUCACAGUGGGUGAUCCUUUACUCUCCUCUGGACUGCGAAGCAUUGGAUCUAGGCGUCAUAGUACUUCUUCCUUGUCACCCCUGCGAUCCAAGCUCCGGAUAAUGUCUCCAGUGAGAACUGGAAGUACUCACUCCAGGAAUGGUGUUUCCUCAGCCCCUACCAUUGGGACCUCUCCAGACCCUGAGUCAAGUGCCAGAGCAGUUGAUCACACUUUAGGGCCACUGAAUUCCAAUGCUAAUCUAGGGCACAACACUCCCACCUCUCCAGGUACGCAAAGGACAGUGCCUACUGUGGGCUCUAAAACCAGCCACUUGGACGGAUCUUCAUCUUUAGAAAUGAGGCAUUCUAGUGCUUUAGACUUGGCAUCAAAGAGCUCCUCUUUAAAGGGAGAGAAGACCAGAAUGCUGAGUUCUAAGAAUUCAGAGGGAACUGCACAUAGUGUGGCUUAUGCUGGAAUUCCUAGAUUGGCCCCACAGGUUCAUAAUAUCGCUUCUGGAGAAUUAAAUGUUAGUAAAAUUGGCGCUUUUGCCGAACCCUCUUCUGUGCAAUUUUCUUCUAAAGAGGUCCUCCCCUUCCCACAACUCCAUUUGAGAGGGCAAAGGAAUGAUCGAGACCCACACACAGAUUCUACCCAACCAGCAAACCCCUCUCCAGAUGAAGAUACUGAAAUCAAAACCUUAAAGCUUUCUGGAGUGAGCAGCAGAUCAUCUAUUAUCAGUGAACAUGUGGGAUCUAGUUCUAGAGACAGGAGACAGAAAGGGAAAAAGUCUUAUAAAGAAACUUUCAAAGAAAAGCAUUCCAGUAAAUCUUUUUUGGAACCUGGUCAGGUGACAACGGGUGAGGAGGGAAACCUAAAGCCAGAGUUCAUUGAUGAGGUUUUAACUCCUGAGUUUUUGGGGCAACGGUCAUGUAAUAAUGUUUCUUCUGAUAAGAUUGGAGAUAAAGUGCUUUCUAUUUCAGGAGUUCCCAAAGCUCCAUCCAUGCAAGUAGAAGGAUCUUCAAAGGAAUUACAGGCACCCCGGAAAUGCACAGUCAAAGUGACACCUCUAAAAAUGGAAAGUGAGAGUCAAUCCAAAAAUGCCCUGAAAGAAAGUAGUCCUGCCUCCCCUGUUCAAAUAGAGUCAGUAUCUCCGACAGACCCAGUUUCAGCCUCCAAAAGUCCAGGAGAUGGUCCACUGGUUCAACCAAGUUCCAACAGUGCCUCAUCCCAGGAUUCUCAAAGUAACAACUAUCAGAAUCUUCCAGUACAGGACAGAAACCUAAUGCUUCCAGAUGGCCCUAAACCUCAAGAAGAUGGCUCUUUUAAGAGGAGAUAUCCCCGUCGCAGUGCCCGUGCACGUUCUAACAUGUUCUUUGGGCUCACCCCACUAUAUGGAGUCAGAUCCUAUGGUGAAGAAGACAUUCCAUUCUAUAGCAGCUCCACUGGGAAGAAGCGAGGUAAGAGAUCAGCAGAAGGACAGGUGGAUGGGGCCGAUGACUUGAGCACUUCAGAUGAGGACGACUUAUACUAUUACAACUUUACCAGAACAGUAAUUUCUUCAGGUGGAGAGGAACGGCUAGCAUCCCAUAACUUAUUUCGGGAGGAAGAACAAUGUGAUAUUCCAAAAAUUUCACAGUUGGAUGGUGUUGAUGAUGGGACAGAGAGUGAUACUAGUGUCACAGCUACGACAAGGAAAAGCAGUCAGAUUCCAAAAAGAAAUGGUAAAGAAAAUGGAACAGAGAACUUAAAGAUUGAUCGACCUGAGGAUGGUGGAGAAAAGGAACAUGUUAUUAAGAGUUCUGUUAGUCACAAAAAUGAGCCAAAGAUGGAUAACUGCCACACUGUAAGCAGAGUGAAAGCACAAGGACAAGAUUCCUUGGAAGCUCAACUUAGUUCAUUAGAUUCGAGUCGCAGAGUCCACACCAGUACCCCCUCAGACAAAAAUUUGCUGGAUACCUAUAAUACUGAGCUUCUGAAAUCAGAUUCAGACAAUAACAACAGCGAUGACUGUGGGAAUAUCCUGCCGUCAGACAUUAUGGACUUUGUACUGAAGAAUACUCCAUCCAUGCAGGCUUUAGGCGAGAGCCCAGAGUCAUCUUCCUCAGAACUACUGAAUCUUGGGGAAGGAUUGGGUCUUGACAGUAAUCGUGAAAAAGACAUGGGCCUUUUUGAAGUAUUUUCUCAGCAGCUGCCAACAACAGAACCUGUGGAUAGUAGUGUCUCUUCCUCUAUCUCAGCAGAGGAGCAGUUUGAAUUGCCUUUAGAACUACCAUCUGAUCUCUCUGUCCUGACCACCCGAAGUCCCACUGUCCCUAGCCAGAAUCCCAGUAGACUGGCUGUAAUCUCAGAUUCAGGAGAAAAACGAGUGACCAUCACAGAAAAAUCUGUAGCCUCUACUGAAGGUGACCCAGCACUUCUGAGUCCAGGAGUAGAUCCUGCUCCUGAAGGCCACAUGACUCCUGAUCACUUUAUCCAGGGACACAUGGAUGCAGACCACAUCUCUAGCCCUCCUUGUGGUUCUGUAGAACAAGGUCAUGGCAACAAUCAGGAUUUAACUCGAAACAGUAGCACCCCUGGCCUUCAGGUGCCUGUUUCCCCAACUGUGCCCAUCCAGAAUCAGAAGUAUGUGCCCAGUUCUACUGACAGUCCUGGUCCAUCUCAGAUUUCUAACGCAGCUGUCCAGACCACUCCACCCCACCUGAAACCAGCAACUGAGAAACUCAUUGUUGUUAACCAAAACAUGCAGCCACUUUAUGUUCUCCAAACUCUUCCAAAUGGAGUGACCCAAAAAAUCCAGUUGACCUCUCCUGUUAGUUCUACACCCAGUGUGAUGGAGUCAAAUACUUCAGUAUUGGGGCCCAUGGGAAGUGGUCUCACCCUCACCACAGGACUAAAUCCAAGCUUACCAACUUCUCAAUCUUUGUUCCCUCCUGCUAGCAAAGGACUGCUCUCUAUGCCUCAUCACCAGCACUUACAUUCCUUCCCUGCGGCUACUCAGAGUAGUUUCCCACCCAAUAUCAGCAGUCCUCCUUCAGGCCUACUUAUUGGGGUCCAGCCUCCUCCAGAUCCCCAACUUUUGGUUUCAGAAGCCAACCAGAGGACAGAUCUUAAUACCACAGUAGCCACUCAAUCUUCUGGACUCAAGAAAAGACCUAUAUCUCGUCUACACACUCGAAAGAAUAAAAAACUAGCUCCCUCUAGUACCCCUUCAAACAUUGCCCCUUCUGAUGUGGUUUCUAAUAUGACAUUGAUUAAUUUCACACCCUCCCAGCUUUCCAAUCAUCCCAAUCUGUUAGAUUUGGGGUCACUUAAUACAUCAUCUCACCGAACUGUCCCCAACAUCAUAAAAAGGUCUAAAUCUGGCAUCAUGUAUUUUGAGCAGGCACCACUGUUACCACCACAGAGUGUGGGCGGAACUACUGCCACAGCGGCCGGCACAUCAACAAUAAGCCAGGAUACUAGCCACCUUACGUCAGGGCCUGUGUCUGGCUUGGCAUCUGGUUCCUCUGUCUUGAAUGUGGUGUCCAUGCAAACGUCAACAACUCCUACAAGUAGUGCAUCAGUUCCAGGACAUGUCACCUUAACUAACCCAAGGUUGCUUGGGACCCCAGAUAUUGGCUCAAUAAGCAAUCUUCUAAUCAAAGCCAGCCAGCAGAGCCUGGGCGUUCAGGAGCAGCCUGUGGCUUUACCACCAAGUUCAGGAAUGUUCCCACAACUAGGAGCAUCACAGACUCCCUCUACUGCUGCAAUGACAGCAGCAUCCAGUGUGUGUGUCCUCCCCUCUCCUCAGACCACAGGCAUGACAGCCAUGUCCCCUUCUGGGGAGGCAGAAGAACACUAUCAGCUGCAGCACGUGAACCAGCUCUUUACUGGCAAACCCGGGAUCCUCUCUUCCCAAAGGGAUCUCGAUUCUACAUCUGGAACCCAGGCAUCCAACUUCACCCAGACAGUAGAUGCUCCUAAUAGCAUGGGGCUAGAGCAGAACAAGGCUUUGCCCUCAGCUGUGCCAGCCAGCUCAGCCUCUCCAGGAGGCUCCCCAUCCUCUGGACAGCAAUCAGCAAGCCCCUCAGUACCAGGUCCCUCUAAACCCAAACCAAAAGUCAAACGAAUUCAGCUGCCUCUGGACAAAGGGAACGGCAAGAAGCACAAAGUCUCCCAUUUGCGGACCAGUUCUUCUGAAGCACACAUUCCAGACCAAGAAGCCAACACAGCCUCUCUGCCAGUGGUCACUGGGACUGUGGGAGCAGAGACUGAGCAGCAGGACACAGCUGGUGUGGAACAGCCUUCACAGAAGGAGUGUGGGCCGCCUGCAAGACAAGUGGCUGUUCUUCCAGAGGUUCAGGCAACACAAAAUCCAGCAAAUGAGCAAGAAAAUACAGAGUCUAAAGCAGUAGAAGAAGAAGAAAGUAAUUUCAGCUCUCCUCUGAUGCUUUGGCUCCAGCAAGAACAAAAGCGAAAGGAAAGCAUUGCUGAGAAAAAGCCCAAGAAAGGACUUGUUUUUGAAAUUUCAAGUGAUGAUGGCUUUCAGAUCUGUGCAGAAAGUAUUGAAGAUGCCUGGAAGUCAUUGACAGAUAAAGUACAGGAAGCUCGAUCAAAUGCCCGCCUGAAGCAGCUAUCAUUUGCAGGUGUUAACGGUUUGAGGAUGCUGGGAAUUCUCCACGACGCAGGUUUCCUGAUUGAGCAGCUAUCUGGUGCCAAGCACUGUCGGAAUUACAAAUUCCGUUUCCAUAAACCUGAGGAGGCCAAUGAACCCCCGUUGAACCCUCAUGGCUCAGCCAGGGCUGAAGUCCACCUGAGGAAAUCAGCAUUUGACAUGUUUAACUUCCUGGCUUCUAAACAUCGACAGCCUCCUGAAUAUAACCCUAAUGAUGAGGAAGAGGAAGAGGUACAGCUGAAGUCUGCUCGGAGAGCAACUAGCAUGGAUCUGCCAAUGCCCAUGCGUUUCCGGCACUUAAAAAAGACUUCUAAGGAGGCAGUUGGUGUCUACAGGUCUCCCAUCCACGGUCGGGGUCUCUUCUGUAAAAGAAACAUUGAUGCAGGUGAGAUGGUGAUCGAGUAUGCAGGCAAUGUCAUCCGUUCCAUCCAGACCGACAAGCGCGAGAAGUACUAUGACAGCAAAGGCAUCGGUUGCUACAUGUUCCGAAUUGAUGACUCAGAGGUAGUGGAUGCCACCAUGCAUGGAAAUGCUGCCCGCUUCAUCAAUCACUCGUGUGAGCCUAACUGCUACUCUCGGGUCAUCAAUAUUGAUGGGCAGAAGCACAUUGUCAUCUUUGCCAUGCGUAAGAUCUACCGAGGAGAGGAGCUCACCUAUGACUACAAGUUCCCCAUUGAGGAUGCCAGCAACAAGCUGCCCUGCAACUGUGGCGCCAAGAAAUGCCGGAAGUUCCUGAACUAGAGCUGCUCUUCUCCCCUGUAUUGGAGUACCAGGACCCGGGCCACCCGAAGCAAUGCUGACAGCCUUUCCAGCAGUUAGGAGCUCCAGGAUUGAGUGGUGGUUGAGCACCCUGCUGUUCCAUAUUCACAUCCUACAUGUGAUCAUAAUCUUAGAGACAGAUGAGGUCUUGAAGAAGAGAUUCAUGAUCGCCUCUCUCCUGGGGCCCCUCUUGAUUGUUUGCUGUUAAAAAGGGGAGAAUGGGGCCCCUGGAAGGAUUAGCCUGGAAGGAGCCUAUAAGGGUUGAGUUUAUUGGAAGGUGGGGCCUGAGCAUCUCCACAGAGAGCAGUUGCUAUCCUCCACUCGGUCCCCUCUCAAGCACUAGAAGUGAGGGGUCAGGCAACACCCCAGAUGUAGGGCUGGUUGGAUACCUGGUAGCUUGCCAGCCAGGUCCCACCUGUGGCCAUCUUUUAAACCAGCAGAAGGUCUGGUGGUUUUUCCUGCUAUCCUUCCACUUGAGAGAGUUCACUUCUGGUUGGGAGACAGGAUUCCUAGCACCUCUGGUGUCAAAAGGCUGUCUUGGGGUUGUGCCAAUUAAUUACCAAACAUUGAGCCUGUGGGCUUUAAGUGGGAGUGUUCCCCCCCUGAGCCUUAUCUCAGCCAAUUACCUUUCUUGACAAUAGGAGCGGCUUCCCUCUCCCAUUUCUUCUCUUCACUCCACCUUCUUCCUUUCCCCUGUCCUUCAUCCCACUGCUUUCCCAUUCUUCUUUCUGGGUGGUAGGGGAGAUUGACUCCCUGUUCAUGGACACUCCCUAUUGGGCAUAGGAUGUGCCUACAAAAAGUUCCCUGAGCCUGUAAGCACUCCAGGUGGGGAAGUGGACAGGGGCCAUUGGCCAUGACCAGACAGAAUUUGGAGAAGAUUUUGCAAAACUCUCCACUGAGAGUCUUAAAAGAAAUAUUAUGUAGCAUGAUUUUUUAGAAGAGGAUAAAGAUUAUUUAAAUAGGAUUUGAAUCAUGCAACAACCAGAGUAUCACAACCAGGAUACUCCCUUGGCCCCAUUCCUAGGACAUGGUUACUUUAUUUUCCUCUUGGUAAGACAUAGGAAGAUGUUAUUUUUAAAUGGUCAGUGUCCAGUUGAAGGCAGAACACUAAUCAGAUUUCAAGGCCCAAAACUUGGGGACUAGACCACCUUGUGUUGAGGGACCUCUCCCACCCAUGGAUGAGGCAAAUUAAAUGACACUACUACCCUGAUUAGGAUGUGGUCAAAACAGCAUCAAAUGUUUCUUCUCUUCCUUCCCCCAAGACAGUGUCUUGAACCUGUUAAAUUAAGUCAUUGGAUUUUACUCUGUUCUGUUUACAGUUUACUAUUUAAGGUUUUAUAAAUGUAAAUAUAUUUUGUAUAUUUUUCUAUGAGAAGCACUUCAUAGGGAGAAGCACUUAUGACAAGGCUAUUUUUUAAACCGCGGUAUUAUCCUAAUUUAAAAGAAGAUCGGUUUUUAAUAAGUUUUUAUUUUCAUAGGAUGAAGUUAGAGAAAUAUUCAGCUGUACACACAAAGUCUGGUUUUUCCUGCCCAACUUCCCCCUGAAAGGUGUGCUUUUUGUUGUUUCACGUGUAACUUGUUUGUGCCCUGUUGACAUAAAUGUUCCCUGGGUCUGCUCUUUGACAAUAAUGGAGAAGGAAGGUCACUCAGCUCCAUUAGGCCACUCCCCUCCUUCCUCACGGAAGCUCCUCCGAAGGCUACAGUAGUAUCCUGACACACCAGUUUCUUCUCUUCUUUCCCACUUCCCCUCUCCCUCUGGCACUAGCUCCAGAGCGGUGGGUGGCAUCUUUUACAUUUCCCUCAUCUUUACAAAGUUAGCAAAUGAGUUCAAUGGCAACCCAACACUUUCCAUCACCAUCUGCCUCAUGGUUCACCUCCUUUCCUUUGCUUUGCUUUCCUUUCCCUCUACCCACCAAGUCCUCAGAUCUGCAAAGAACCCACUAAUCCCCUUGUGCCCUCUUUUGGGGCAGCCCAUUGAAACUGAAGCACAGUCUGACCACUCAUGAUAAAGCAGCUCUCUGCACCUGCCACAAGGUUUCGGAGUAGUGUAGUCCGAGUAGAGGGUGGGGCACCCUUUUCUCACCACAAGAAGCCCGUUCCUAUGGAAGUCUAGCAAAGCAAUACGACUCAGCCCAGCACUCUCUGCCCCAGGACUCAUGGCUCUGCUGUGCCUUCCAUUCUGGGCUCCCUUUUCUUCCAAGACCCUAAGGACUUUGGUGGCUUUGCUGGGACAUUGUCACUAUUGCCACUGUCAUGCAGGGAGCCCAGCACUGUGGCCAGGAUGGCAGAAACUUCCUUGUCAUCAUGGAGAAGUGCCAGCAGGGGACUGGGGAAAAGCACUCUACCCAGACCUCACCUCCUGUCCUCCUUUGCCCACGAACAAGAUGCAGUGGCCCGAGGGGUUCCACUGGUGUCUCGUUUCCUUUAUUAUUGCACUGUGUGAGGUUUUUUUGUAAAUCCUUGUAUUCCUAUUUUUUUUAAUGAAAAAAAUUAAGCUGCAUUUGUUACUGAAAUGAUUAAUGCACUGAUGGGUCCUGAAUUCACCUUGAGAAAGACCCAAAGGCCAGUCAGAGGGUGGGGGAAACUCAGCUAAACAGACCUAGUCACUGCCCUGCUAGGCCAUGCUGUACUGUGAGCCCCCCCUCAUCCUCUUUCUUCAACCCCAAACCCUGAGGACAGGGGAGGAAGCCAUUUUUCCUUCUCCUGCCAGCUGCAGAUGGUUUGCCUUGCCUUUUCACCCCCCAACUGUCAACCACAGAAAAGAGAAAUCCCUCUUAAAGCUCAGCCUCGAGUCCAUUGCCAAAACUCAGCAUACCUGCCAGCAACUUGGGGGACAAACUGAAGGCUUCCCUAGGAGAGGGAAAGAAGGCAAAAAUGGUGUAGCUAUCUCAAAACAUGUCUGACUUUGUUUGGAAAGUGACCAAGGAAACCUGUGCACAAAAGUGCUGAUUGAGGAAUUAUGGGUCAUUCCCAAGAAUCCCCCAAGGGGCAUCCCAAAUCCCAAGGAGUAACAGCUGCGAACCUGGUCAGUUCUCAGUGAGAGCCGGCUCACGUAACCGCUUUGCUGCUAGAACCUGUUGUGGCUGCAUUUCCUGGUGGCCAGUGACAACUGUGUAACCAGUGUAGCUGCAUGGCGCUGACCCUUUGGCCGAAACCUGGUCCCUCGGCUCCCUCUGUUGCUGCCCACCACAUCCAGCACAACCUCUCUCCUGUUCUUAGACCAAUAACAAGAAUUAAGGGGGACACCCUGGCAGCUAUGUUUUCAACUAGACUCCUUUGCCGGGACCCAGCCCACCACCCUGCUCACCUCUGUCAGACCCCCGGCCAAUACAGUGAGCACCAUGCAGCAACCUUGAUUUAAAAUUUAAAAAUUUUUAAAAAUAAUAAAAAAAAAAUACGACAUACACACACAAAAAAAAAAAACAAAAAAAUAUUUUAAUGAAUGUAUCUUUCUAAAGGACUGACGUUCAAUCAAAUAUCUGAAAAUACUAAAGGUCAAAACCUUGUCAGAUGUUAAGUUUGAUUUGGGAUUCUUUUUUCAUAGAAAUCAAGUUGUUUUAUUUUUAAGGAAAAGCGGGUCAUUGCAAAGGGCUGGGUGUAAUUUUGUUUCAUUUCCUUCAUUUUAAAGCAAUACAAGGUUAUUGAGCAGAUGGUUUUGUGCCGAAUCAUGAAUACCAGUCAAAUCUCACACUCUGAAAACUUGCAACAUUUUUGUUUUGGUUUUCAAAUAAAUAUAAAUAUGAUAUAUAUAGGAACUAAUAUAGUAAUGCACCAUGUAACAAAGCCUAGUUCAGUCCCUGGCUUUUAAUUCUCUUAACACUAUAUAUAAGGAUUGUGUUACAGUUGCUAGUAGUGGCAGGAAAACGUCAGGCUAGCUUUCCUCUGAUUCCCAAGUGGGAACCCCAAAGGGGAACCACGAACCACAAAGGGAUGCCAAAAUAGGCCAUUCUUAGGAUCAGAGUUUAGAAACGCCGGAAUGGUGUCACCUGGAUUUUUCCUGCCCAUGAAUGUUGCCAGUCAGUACCUAUACUCCUUGUUUCUCUACUUUUGGUUAUGAAUGUUGGGGUUACCACCUGCAUUUAGGGGAAAAUUGUGUUCUGUGCUUUCCUGGUAUCUUGUUCCGAGGUACUCUAGUUCUGUCUUCAACCAAGAAAAUAGACUUGUGGUGUUUCUUUUAUUGAACUUUUAACAGUCUCUUUAGUAAAUACAGGUAGUCGAAUAAUUGUUUCAAAAGCUCAACAGAUGACAAGCUUCUUUUCUAGAAAUAAGACAUUUCUCAACAACUUUUAUCAUGUAUAACAUAUCUUUGAUUGGUUUUUUUUUUUUUCUUCUUCCUUGUGUUCUUCCAAGCUUCUUCUGGUUAGAGAAAAAGAAAAAAAAAAAAAAAUGGAAAAUGUGUCUAAAGUCCAUCAGUGUUAACUCCCUGUGACAGGGAUGAAGGAAAAUACUUUAAUAGUUCAAAAAAUAAUAAUGCUGAAAGCUCUCUACGAAAGACUGAAUGUAAAAGUAAAAAGUGUACAUAGUUGUAAAAAAAAAAAGGAGUUUUUAAACAUGUUUAUUUUCUAUGCACUUUUUUUUAUUUAAGUGAUAGUUUAAUUAAUAAACAUGUCAAGUUUA